AUGAGUUAUGGAGGAAGGAUGAGCAGUGAGAAGAUUUCAAGCCAUGGAGGAGCGAUGAGCCGCGCGGAGCAUGUCACGAGCGAGUCCAUUCCCUGCCGCUGCGGUGCUGAACAUCCCAAGUUCCCGGAGUUGUGUGUCCGUGCGAGCGCGAGGACCUGCGAUACCUUACCGAACUUAAACAAUAAACUCUUUCCUCAAACGGCGCUCGACUUGGUUUACGUUCAGUGUUCGGGGAAAACGCGAGGGGCAUGGGAGAGCAAGGACCUACGUGCAUUACACUCCUGCGACCAAGACGGCCUCGUCGGAGAGUCCAGUGAACUCGAGUCGCCGUCUGGCAUUCCGCCAGAAGCAAUUCCUCUGGUCGCUGCCCCAUUCCCUUCAUGUAAAGGAUCUUCACCAAAGAUCUUUAUCACUUACCCCUCACUUCCAUUCGCUGCCUGCGCGUCGCCCGUGUCUCUCGUUCUUCCACCUGUCGCUUCUUGCUCCUUCCCCCCUUCCUCCGCCUUCUGCUCCAUUUCCAUAUCCGCCGCCUCUUCCCGCUCCUCUCAACCUGUUGUUUCCUCCGCCGCCUCGGCAUCUCCUGCCUCUUGCCCCGACGCCCAAUCCCCCGUUUGCAAUUUUCAUGAUUCGUGCAGAUAUUCGGAUGCUGCGCCAUUUGCCUCGGCCGCCGCCUCGGCAGGCGCGCGCCCCCCCUCCUGCGCCCCUCGGUCCUCAAGCAUUGCACCUUUACCCUCAAAUCCCACACCUUCACCAACGAGCACGUUACUUUCAGCCACUCGGAGACCGCUCUCAAAGGAAGCAUCUCCCUCUGAAAGUAGGAGAGAAAAUACGGAGAGUUCCUCGUGGCCUCGCGCAGGGCUGGCCAAGCGAGACAAUGGGCUGAACCUGCAGGCAUCCUCUCAGCCUUUGUUUGGCUUCAUUCUCAAGAACAGGUUGACCUCCAGGACACAAAAGGAUGCCAUGUGGAGAGGGCGCCAAACACAGCUGCUGAGGAUCCUGGCCACCAUCUUGGCCCUCAUGACGACCUCGGCUGUGGCAUAUGAACUCAAGCCCACCACCACCCUGUCGAAGGUCACCCUGGCCGGCCUCACCGCCAGCCUGCCCUGCGAGCUGCCUCUGCCGGCGGACCGCCCGACGCUCAUCCUCUGGUACAAGGACCAGGCGACCAAGCCAUUUUACAGUUACGACGCGAGAGAGACGGCCGCAGGACACCACAAGGUUCACGACAAGUCUGAGCUAGGAACAAGAUCCCACUUUAGGCUGGAAACUUUCCCUCGUAAUUUCAAGACUCGGCUCGGGUUUCUGGACGUGAAGAAGGUGACACUCGCUGACGCCGGGAACUACACCUGCAGGGUUGACUUCAUGACUUCGCAGACUAUGAUGUCAUUACUGCAGCUCACGGUGCACGAGGAGAUUCAGGACCUGGAAAUUUUCGAUGCCUACGGCACCAUGAUCGGCAAGGUCGUGGGUCCUUACAAGCUGCUUUCCCGAGUGAUGCUGUCGUGUCGGGCGUACGGAGGUCACCCUCCGCCGGUGGUCCGGUGGAUGGACGGCGACAGGAUUCUGGAGACGUCCUCGGCACAGCACUACAGCGCCCAGUCGCACUCGGAGCGAGGCGAGGCCGUGCGAGUGGUCGACGUGACGCUGCACCUCCCGGGCCUCCAGCGUGAGGACAAUGGCCGCGACAUCAAGUGCGUCGCGUCCAACACCAACCUGACGCAGGAGAAAGUCCGCGUCGUCACUAUCGACAUGUACUUGCCGCCCCUGGAGGUGACGGUGGACGGACUGGACGCCCCUCUCCGCGCCGGCAUCGAGGCCAUCCUCAUGUGCCGCUCCGUUGGCUCCCUCCCCACCGCCAGCCUUUCCUGGCGGCUGCACGAUUCCUCCAGCCUCAUGCCUCUGCCUGCUCAGUCUUCGCUGGACCAGAACACGACCAUCGGCCGGGGUCGUCUCCUCCCUACACCGAGAGACAACGGCCGAGCCCUCACCUGCACCGCCUCCAACCCCAAAGUGAAAGAAUACUCCCUGAACAGCACUCACACGCUACAGGUGCUCUUUGCUCCCGAAGUGUCCGUCAGACUAGCGCCGGCGUUAGACCCUGACAACAUCUGGGAAAAGGCUGAUGUUUAUUUUGAGUGUGUUAUUCAAGCAAACCCAAAGAAAACGAGAGUCAUAUGGCUACAUGAGGGCCGAGAGCUGCGAGGCGACAGCGAGGACGGCUUGCUGGCCGAUCGCGUGCUCGUUCAGGGGGAGAACCUGGUGAUGCAGAAGGUGACCCGGCACGCUCAGGGAAGGUACCAGUGUCGCGUCACCAACACCAUCGACACUGUGACCAGCUCCGCCACGAUCCUUAAUGUCAUGUUUGCGCCGGAGUGCAAGAAGCCACGGAACGAGACAGUGUCGGUGACCCCAAACGAAGAGGUCAAACUCAACUGCUUGGUUGAAGCCAAUCCACCUGAUGUCACGUUCGUUUGGAAGAUCAACAGCAGCCGCGGCGUCAAGGAGCUGGACAGCAGUAGCUACAGCAGCCGCAGUCGGUCCUCCACGCUCGUGUACCGCCCCAGCACGCAUGCCCACGGCACCGACCACUACGGUGUCGUCUUCUGCCUCGGCAGCAAUAAGGCCGGGAAGCAGAGAUUGCCGUGCAUGUUCGUCAUCAGCCCCGCAGGUCCCCCAGAAAAGCCCAAGUCCUGCACCCUAGUCAACCAAAGCCCAACGUCGUUGGCGGUGACGUGUCAGCCCGGCCACGACGGCGGCCUCGAUCAGCACUUCAUUGCCACGGUUGAGGACGCAGCAACGCGGAGGGUGGUUGCAAAUGUGACGUCGACAUCGCCUGAUCUGACGGUGGAAGGACUGGCUCCGGGACGCGAUUACCUGGUCAAAGUCACGGCCGUCAACCAGAAGGGAAGGUCUUCUCCGUUCACGCUCGAAGGCUUCGCUCUCAAGGUGGCUGAGAAUAAGAUAAAUAAUUCAAGUUCUGGAGAAUCUUCCUCUCUCCUCGUGAUGUUCAUAGCUGUUGUUGUCGGUUUCGUCUUCAUCUUAACGAUACUUGCCCUGGCAACUCGUGCACGUUUGCGUCACCGACGUGGGCAUCCUGAAGUCAAAGUUGAUAAAAAUAAACUAAGUACUGGAGAUGAAGUGUCGACCACUGCUCUUUCAGCCCCACUCUCGCCCUCGACCAAUGCUUCGCUGGAUGAAAUAGGGGACGGAGAAAUGCUCCACACGCCUGAGUCACACACGGGACCAUUGGAGACGCUGGAGAUCACCGCCCAGACGCCAGAGAGCCCUGUCAGCUGUAGCAGCAGGACUUACGUGCCCGUCCCGACUGGGUCCUCCACGCUCCCGCGGCCGCAGUCGCAGAUGAACCCGCGGCCGCAACCGCUGCACUCAGUGGACCUUCCGCACGUCACCUCCAACAACCAUAAAUACUAUACUCUCAAGAUAAAUUGUACCAGACAAAAUAAUGAAAGUUUUGUUUAAUCCAGAAGUUGUUUAAUAUAUUGUUUAAUAAAGAGAUAAUUGUUCAGGUUGUGAAGUGUUUUUGUAAUAACAGCACGAAAGGAAAUGACACAGAACGCAGACAAGUACACACACAACAAAUAUCUAUACUCAAAGACAAAAUAUUGAAAUGUAUAGGCAUAUAUGAUGUGCCUAAUAACGUGGACAAACCAUGAGUUAGAUGACUUAGAUUUAUUCACACAUGUACACAUAUUGGACAUAUAAUACAUGUGUAAAGGUAUACUGUACGGUCACUAUACAUAUACAUAUUCGAAACACAAAUAUAUACAUUACAAAAUAGACACAUUCUUCGAUACAAGCAACACGUGAUCUGUGUGACUGUUGUGAGUAUGAUUGUUUGAACGGGAUCUAGUGGAUGCGGUCAUAAAACAGUACAGCUGGGUUAUUUGACUGAUAUUUCGUAAAUCUCUAAUAUGUAUGAUGGUGUAACGCCAGGUUGCAGCUGGUGACUAUAGUGCCGGUAUAAUUGAUGGGUAUAUUAGAAAUGUAUUUUGAAAUAAAGUCGCGUCACAGCCGUUCGACGCUGUGUGCGUGGUUUUAACAAAGUCAGUAACAAUCCGGCUGGUGUCUGUGGUGCUAUUUUCAAGUGAAGGCGGAAUGUUGUAGCACGUACCUCGUGUUUGAACUGUAUGACGCACACAACAAGUGGCUACAAGGUUGCUACACAUGGUGUGAUAUGAAUCAUGUGCAUUAGGGAGGGGAAGCAAAGACAAAUAUAUGGUGUAGUAUGAGUAUAACAACAAUUGUACGUUUUGUAGUUGCUCACAAACAGUCUUUGGCCACAUAAUUACUGUGUGAUGUAUCGUGACCAUAAUACAGUUGAUCGCUAAAUUAUUGUUGUAUGUAGAACGAAAUGACCACAACAUGCUAUUGGACCAGUUAAAGCAGGGGCGAGAUGCUAAAUCACGUGCGAACAAAGCAGCUAGUGACUGUAAAACCAUUGUGGUGCAAGAGAUAGUCUUUUGGGACUGCGACGGUAUGUGUGUGAUCAACUUGGCCAUGGGUAUAAUCGAUGGCUGUACGAUUGUAUUUGGUGAAUAUUCUCCAGUAGAUUAGAAAAUCGUUGACAAUCAGGGAUCCCAUGAAGUAUGAUGAGAUAUAGCAGUGACGCAUCUGUCUGACUUCUUUACCUGGCUCUGUUUUUCCAUUCUUGUUUUUCCAUUAUUCUCUUCCCUUCUUUCUCUUCAUUUUACUAAAAAUGUGAAAAUGUUGAUUUAGUCUAUCUGAAAAUAUAUUUUUGAAAUAAAAAGAUAGAGGAUAUAAUAACAAAUAUCUGGAACAUAUUGUACAUACGUGCGUGUUCGUUAUUGUGUAUGUGUAUAUAUGAGUGAGUGUGUGUGUGU